AUGCGCACCAAUCUACGUCGACACGGACAAAUUCCCACUGAAAUCGAAGGGCUUACGGGUAGUCCAGACUCCCCGACUAACAAGUCAAUUCGAGCCCCUGAAAAACGUGGUCGAAAUGAAGCCGUUGUUCAGGCUGCGAGGACAGUUCAGACAGCAUAUGUUUCAUCUAUUCGGCCUACCGAUUCAGAACGCCAGUCACAGUGCACUCAGGCCCAACCAGUUCCCCACAAGAAACCUUAUAUUCAAGCCUGUAAAAGAAAUACAGCACCAUGUUCUUCUACCGCCAGCCACUUACUUGAUCCUCCAGAAAAGCGGAAUUCCCUUCUGGGUAGUUUGAAAGGAGUUGGAAUUUCUCAUGCGGGCCCAGUAUCAAGCUCUUCAACGCACGUACAUGUGCUAGGAGUUGGCUUGAGUUGGAAGCAUGACGCAAUGAGGCUUCUCUCUGGGCCAUCUCACGACAUUCCCUGGCUUAAGCAAUUCUUUUCUUACCAACAACACACUCACUUUACCUCAUUGCUGGACGAGCAGGCCUCGUUCAACGCAAUUCAUGAGUCAGUGGCAAGUAUAUAUAUGAAUGCCCAACCUGGGGAUCACAUCGUCUUAUACUUCACUGGCCAUGGGAACAAAAGCAACUCUCUCGAACUUUACGACAACCCUGAUUCACUUAAUGAGAUUAUCUUGAAUAGGUGGAUCAUUGAACUCAGGCAAAAGACGCCGAACAGGCCCCGGAUUCCUGUUCACAUUAUCUUUGACUUUUGUCGUGAAAGUCCAAAUCGCUCUAAUGCUCAGCUUGACGUGGAUGUAAAUAUCAUCUGGAGCUGUCCUCCGGGCCAAAAGGCUCUGGAUAUGUUCCUAUCACCCGACUUGCCCUACUCCAACUUCCUGAAGGCCCUGUUACUCGCCAUCGGUGACGGCUCCAAAUCUUGCCUACCUUCUACGCAGUCUUUUGCGCUCAGGAUAAUGGAAAUUUCGAAUAUUGUAUGGGGUGUCAAAUGCCAUCAACUUCGGAGCCGGAGACGGUGGUGUCGUCAUCUACAACUGUGCAAGCUAUGUCGUGACGACAAAAACAUCUCUAAUUGUGAUAAUGAUUGGCCCAAUUUACGACUUUUUGAGGGUCUCGACAAUAUGUACUUGGGUUCGCCUCUUGACUUCUCAACACUGGUGAGGUAUGCGUUGACUCGCUUCCCUUUGCCUAUCCAAAAGGUUUGUCAGACCCUCGAAGCCAAUCGUUGGUUUAUGUACUUCAAUAAGCACAAACAACGGAUCACAGAGAUCCCACAAGUUCCUGCCCCACUAUGA